AUGGCGACGGGAACUUGGAAUUGUGGAAACUUAUCAACUCCUUCAAACGGAAAUAUAGAGUUAUUAAACGGCACAACCUACCAGUCAGUAGCUAAGUUUAAAUGUAACACCGGUUACACAUUAUAUGGUGAUAGCGAUACAACAUGCACAGCGUCGGGAAGCUGGAGUGGAAAUUUCUUGAACUGCACAAUUAAUGAAUGUGGAAACUUAUCAAAUCCUUCAAACGGAAAAGUAGAAUUAUUAAACGGCACAACCUACCAGUCAGUGGCUAAGUAUAAAUGUAACACAGGUUACAUAUUAUAUGGUGAGAGCGAUACAACAUGCACAGCGUCGGGAAGCUGGAGUGGCAAUUUCUUGAACUGCACAAUUAAUGAUUGUGGAAACUUAUCAAAUCCUUCAAACGGAAAAGUAGAUUUAUUAAACGGCACAACCUACCAGUCAGUAGCUAAGUAUAAAUGUAACACCGGUUACACAUUAUAUGGUGAUAGCGAUACAACAUGCACAGCGUCGGGAAGCUGGAGUGGAAAUUUCUUGAACUGCACAAUUAAUGAUUGUGGAAACUUAUCAAAUCCUUCAAACGGAAAAGUAGAUUUAUUAAACGGCACAACCUACCAGUCAGUAGCUAAGUAUAAAUGUAACACCGGUUACACAUUAUAUGGUGAUAGCGAUACAACAUGCACAGCGUCGGGAAGCUGGAGUGGAAAUUUCUUGAACUGCACAAUUAAUGAUUGUGGAAACUUAUCAAAUCCUUUAAACGGAAAAGUCGAUUUAUUAAACGGCACAACUUACCAGGCCGUAGCUAAGUAUAAAUGUAACACCGGUUACACAUUAUAUGGUGAUAGCGAUGCAAUAUGCACAGCGUCGGGAACUUGGAGUGGACAUUUCUUGAACUGCACAAUAAAUGAUUGUGGGAACUUAUCAAAUCCUUCAAACGGAAAAAUAGAUUUAUUAAACGACACAACCUACCAGUCAGUAGCUAAGUAUAAAUGUAACACCGGUUACACAUUAUAUGGUGAUAGCGAUACAACAUGCACAGCGUCGGGAACCUGGAGUGGAAAAUUCUUGAACUGCACACUUAAUGAUUGUGGAAACUUAUCAAAUCCUUUAAACGGAAAAGUCGAUUUAUUAAACGGCACAACUUACCAGGCCGUAGCUAAGUAUAAAUGUAACACCGGUUACACAUUAUAUGGUGAUAGCGAUGCAAUAUGCACAGCGUCGGGAACUUGGAGUGGACAUUUCUUGAACUGCACAAUAAAUGAUUGUGGAAACUUACCAAAUCCUUCAAACGGAAUAGUAGAUUUAUUAAACGGCACAGCCUACCAGUCAGUAGCUAAGUAUAAAUGUAGCACUGGUUACACAUUAUAUGGUGAUAGUGAUACAACAUGCACAGCGUCGGGAACCUGGAGUGGAAAUUUCUUGAACUGCACAAUUAAUGACUGUGGAAACUUAUCAAAUCCUUUAAACGGAAAAGUCGAUUUAUUAAACGGCACAACUUACCAGGCCGUAGCUAAGUAUAAAUGUAACACCGGUUACACAUUAUAUGAUGAUAGCGAUACAAUAUGCACAGCGUCGGGAACUUGGAGUGGACAUUUCUUGAACUGCACAAUAAAUGAUUGUGGAAACUUACCAAAUCCUUCAAACGGAAUAGUAGAUUUAUUAAACGGCACAGCCUACCAGUCAGUAGCUAAGUAUAAAUGUAGCACUGGUUACACAUUAUAUGGUGAUAGUGAUACAACAUGCACAGCGUCGGGAACCUGGAGUGGAAAUUUCUUGAACUGCACAAUUAAUGAUUGUGGAAACUUAUCAAAUCCUUCAAACGGAAAAGUUGAUUUGUUAAACGGCACAACCUAUCAGUCUGUAGCGAAGUAUAAAUGUAACACCGGUUACACAUUAUAUGGUGAUAGUGAUACAACAUGCACAGCGUCGGGAACCUGGAGUGGAAAUUACUUGAACUGCACAAUUAAUG